CCUUGCUCUUCAGCUUGCGUUUUAUAUGUGCUCGUGCUCAUCGUCACCCUCCUCUUCCCUCGCUCUAGAGUCGCAUCGCCCUCUCUCGCUCUUUCUCAAUCUUGUCUUCUCCCUCCGCGGCUUCGUUUCUCGCUCCAACUCUGUACCUAAGAUUCUUUCAGUAUGGAUCAUGGAAAGGUUCAUGUUAUUAACAACUCGGCAGCCUGGGACGCCAAGUUGGCAGAGGCCACGAGCACUGGAAAGAUAGUUCUCGUCGAUUUUACCGCCACUUGGUGCGGACCUUGCCGGCUGAUGGCACCUAUUUUCGUUGAACUUAGCAAGAAGUAUGAAAACAUCAUAUUUUUGAAGGUGGACGUCGACGAAGUUAAGGACGUGACAUCUCAGUGGGAAGUGCGCGCUAUGCCCACAUUCAUAUUUAUCAAAGACGGAAAGAGUAUUCACAAGGUAGUUGGUGCAAACAAGGAUGAGCUCGAGAAGAAGUGUCAACAAUUCGCUAGCCUCCCCAGCACAGUCUGAGGAUAGCGGUAGUGCGAGUUGCUGUAUACAAUGUCCUGUGAACAUGAAUAGGCCGUUGAUGUGCGCUUGAGAUUUCAAUUGGGUCUCUUAUCAAAUACUCACUAUUUGGCCAAGUUUGUAUAUAUGACUGGUUUCGGAAGCAAAGUGCACGUCUUCUUACUUCUCCCAAUCUGCUUCCUCGUGUUUCGUGGGUGUUUUGAACUUCCGUAUGAUGGGUACUACCUCCAGCCGCUGGGGCAAUGGCGCUCUCUGGAAAUGCCCGUGUGGAGAUGCUUCAUGAAUAUCUUCUAGAUUGAUCAGAGACCGUUCAGAAUUGUUUGUUCAGGACAAUAACCUUGCGAAGGGUUCAUUUUAUGCAUGGUUAUAAAUUUACGAACGUCUGCCUAAUUGUUAAUCACCUGUCAUCAUGCGCUACUGCCAUUAUUUUUGCGUAAUGUAGUACAGACUUGAUCAACAAUUUUAAAUUUAAAAAAGAUUGGUGUACUCUUUAUUCA